AUGAAGAACAAGAAUCACCAGCUUGGUUUGACAGGGCAAGGCAAAGGCAAAGAAGACAUACAUAGAACAUUGUUAUUUUUCUCAACAUAUUUUUUUCUUCUUGGAAACUCAAUUUUUUUGUAUGAAUCUAAAUUUUAAAAAGCCGGUAUAUAUAGGAGCUCAAAGGCGGUCGUGUGCCUGACGCAAAGCCUUCACUCUACUGCACUUGAUAGGAGGCUGCUCCGCAUCCCCAAGGGGUCAGAAGACAAGGGGACCAAUUUGGCUGGGUUCUUGCAACAGUGCUACUCCCUCAGCGCCAGCUUCACCCCCAGGGGAUCCAGGAUGUCUCCCAAGACUGAUUGCUCUCCUGGUGCCCAGGUGAACAGUGAGGGCGUGCAGUACUACAGUGUGUCUGAUGAUGAAGGCUCCGCUUCCUCCCUUGGCACUGGUAGCCUGCCUUCCUCUCCCAACCCUUCCCUGGCUCGGCUGCAGGCAGGAGGCUGCCCUGCAGACGAGGGGCCCUCUCCGGAGUGCCCGCAGAAGAAACAGAAGGCCAGAAGGGGACGCACAAAAGCCAAAAGCGAAGUGGUGCUGACGAAGCAGAAGAGGAACCGCAGGAUGAAAGCCAACGACAGGGAAAGGAACCGCAUGCACAACCUCAACUCCGCCCUGGAUGCUCUUCGCAGCGUCCUCCCCACCUUCCCCGACGACGCCAAGCUCACCAAGAUUGAGACGCUUAGGUUUGCCCAUAACUACAUCUGGGCACUGACCGAAACCCUGCGGAUGGCCGACCACAGCCUCCUGAGUGUGGGGCAGCAGGAGCUGGCCAGGGAGCCUUUCCGGCAGCCUCCUACCACCGCCUGCCUGCUGGAGCUGACCAGUCCCGGCAGCAUCUCGCCUUGUGAAUGGGACUCUCUGUACUCUCCAGUCUCCCAGACUGGCAGCCUGAGCCCUACUGACUCCCUGGAGGAAGGGCGCUCUUACCAGGCUGCGGACGCCCCGGCCUGCCUCAGGCACAGCCCUCAUGCCUUCCCAGAGUUUGUCUGA